CGGACGACUGGGGAUGUUUUCAAACCAGCAAUAAGCUGGAAAGAAACGUCACACAGCCGUAGGCUACGGUUAACGUUUAAUAUUUAGGAAAUAUAGAUUUAUAUAGCGUAAUACACGUUUAUGGUUUAAACCGAAUGAAUUGGCGGAAUCAAACACAGCAUUGGAAAGGUGCAUGAUGAACCCACUGCAGCAGCUCUGUCUCAGCUAGUCACGCGCCGCACCAUGGCCAAACCUGGGAGCGACCGCGAUGGAGCCAUGGUGGACAAACAGGCGGGGAAGAAGAGCAAAGAUAAGAUAUCCCCCUUCACCAAGACUCCGAAGCUGGAUCGGAGUGAAGUUCUGGGGAAGGAGGGCAAACCCAAGUCUUCCAUGAAGCGCAAGCUCUCCUUCACUGCCAGUCCGCCCCGAGCGGAGGAGCGAGACUCCGACACAGAUGACUCAGACCCAGGCCAGUCGAGUGAGACCUGGGGAGAGAGAUUAGUGCCUCCCUGCAGGAUAUACGCAGAUAAAGAUGGGCCUGACAAGAAGAAGGUGAAAAAGGAGUCUGGAAGUAAGAAGUCGUCCGCUUCCGCCAACUUAUUGUUUGGCUACCCUCUGUCAGAGCGCAAGCAGAUGGCCCUCCUGAUGCAAAUGACUGCCAGAGACAACAGCCCAGACUCCACUCCGAGUCACCCCUCCCAGACCCCCCCAGUACAGAAGAAGGCCCCCAGCAGCACCACGUCCAGACAGAAGGACAAGGUCAACAAGAGGAACGAGCGCGGGGAGACGCCCCUGCACAUGGCUGCCAUCCGGGGCGACGCCAAGCAGGUCAAGGAGCUCAUUAGUCUGGGCGCAGAUGUCAACGUCAAGGACUUUGCAGGCUGGACUCCCCUUCAUGAAGCGUGUAACCUUGGUUACUAUGAUGUGGCAAAGGUUCUUCUUGCGGCAGGCGCAGAGGUCAACACCCAGGGUCUGGAUGAUGACACGCCCCUCCAUGAUGCCUCUAGCAGCGGACACAAAAAUAUCUUGAAGCUGCUGCUCCGCCACGGGGGCAACGCGUUCCAGGCCAACAAGCGUGGGGAGCGGCCGGUGGACGUGGCCGACUCCCUGGAGCUGGAGCAGCUGCUGAAGGGAGAGGUCCCCCUGUCCGACUCGGAGGACAGCUCCUCAGAGUCUGAGGAUCCUCCCUCUGUAAACCCCUCCAGUGUGGACGACGACAACAUGGAGGACUCCGACGCCGAUAAAGACUCCGAUGACAAACAGACCACCGUCAAGGCCUCGUCUUCCAUGUCGGGGCUGGACGAGUACGAGUUCAAGGACGAGGAGGAGGAGGAGGACCUGAGCAAGGCCCUCAAUGACCGGCACAUCCUGAGGAGAGAGCUGCGGCAGAGGGAAAAGGAGGAGAAGGAAAGGAACCAUUUCACGGCCAAGCAGAGCAGCAAAGGGGGGGACGCUUCUGGUCAAUCCGGCAAGUCCAAGAAGCAGAGGACGCAACGCGUGCUGUGCUGCAGCUCGGACAGCUCCAGUGAUGAGAUGGAGAACCCCUCAGAGAGGAGGAGCUCCCCUACAUGCUCCCAGAGCGCCGACGCCAGGAGUAAAAAGGACAACCUGAGCCUUCCAGCUGAACAGAGGGACAAGGGCAAAAUGAAGAGGAAGAGUAAAAGCCUGAGCAAAAAUAAGGAAAAUCAAGAGGAUGGCAAAGAAAACAGCAAAGCCCUUGUGUUCUCCGUCGCCACGGUGACGGAGAGCACAGACAAAAGCCGAGACGAAGACUCCUUCAAGAUGUCCUUCAGCCCUAAGGAUGAGUCCUCUGUGCAUCUCUUCCAUCUGUCAUCAGUCAAAUCUCCCAAAGUGAACCACAGCCUGACCGAUAAACAGUCCACGCCUCUCAAACAGGAAAAUGCUAAAAUGUGCCUCGCCAUUGGGGAAGGCCCCUGUCAAGUGGACGCCGUCAAAUAUAUCCACUACACGGAGCAGGACUACUGCACGGAAAGCACCAGCAGUAAAGGAUGCAAACACAAGGAGAAGAGCAAGCAUCAUCAGAGAGACUUGAAUGUGGACGGGGAAGAUGGAGGCUCGAGUCCAUAUAAGGAAGUCGGCACGAGCAACAGCGUAGACAGCGGCGACGGUGCCUUACGGAAGACCGACAAAGAUGGCAAAGUGGUCAAAAAGCAUAAAAUCAAAUACAAGGAGAAGGACAAGCACAGGAGAGAAUAUGAGGCCGAGAGGAGUCGCCACAGACAGAAAGAGGGCAGGAAGGACGGCCACAGGAAUUUGGAGUUUGACAGGGAGUUUUGGAAAGAGAACUUUUUCAAAAGCGACGAGAACGAUGAACCUCUGCCAGUGAAGAAGGAGCCGGACGACGGCGGCUCUCCUCAGAAGACCUCGGACGCCUCUCCCGCUAAGGAAGAGAGGGGGGCAAGAGACAAGCACUCGGGUGGCGGCAAGGACAAGAGGCCGAGGGAGGAAAAAGACAAAGCUCUGAAAAAAGAGCGAAAGGAAUCCGCCGGUAAAGAGGAGAGGGGAAAGGACGUGAGGCCGAGCGAGCGGGACGAGCGGCCGGACUGCCAUGGCUCCGGGCGGAUUCCUGAGGAGUCGCUGCAUCACACGAGUAUGAAAGAGGAGCCGGAAGACAAACCCAUAACUGGGAUCCCAGCUGAUCAAGACCAGCUGGAGUCCUCUGAAAAAGGCUCACGUGAGAAAUAUGACAAAAGGCUCCCUGUAAAGGAAAAGGAAGUGGAAAAGUUUGAGAAAAGGCAUCCUGACAAGGAGAAGAAGGUCAAAGUCGAGCACUCUGAAAAAUCUGAACCACAAAAUGUCAUGGAUCGCCUGAAGGAAAAGGAGAGAAUUGCAGGCAGCUUGUCCCACUUACCUGGAGAUAAAAAUCAUAGGGAAAGUGAAAAGCUUAGGUCCAUUCCAAAGAAGCAUGACGAAAGCAAGAAAAUAAAGGACAAGGAUAGAAAGAGUGACAGGGAGAGGCAAGAGAGAGAGUACAGUGCGGGGGAACACAGAGAAAAAGACCGGACAGGCUUGGACAAGAGGGGAAAACCUCCAGAGAAGACAAUAGAUCACAGCAAAUCUGACCGUUCCAAAGAAAAAGAGUGUGAGAAAAAGAGGAAAGACAAAAUGAAGGAAAGCUCUUCAUCCUCAGGCUCCAACUUGAAACUGCUCUUGGAGGAGAAAAAGGGAUACGUGUCUGAGAGUGGCAGGUCUGUUUCGACCAAAACCAAGGAGGAGGUUAUAAGAACUCCAGAGAAAGAACGGGACCGAAGAGACCGGGACCGGGAGAAAGACUCUGAAAGACACCGAGAUCGGGACAAAGAGAGACACAGAGAUCGUUCUCAGCCAGGGAAAGUGAGCAAGAGCAAACCCAACGAGGCCGAGGGAGACAGGGCCAAGUCCAAAUCCUCCCCCGCCACCAGGGACUCCCGGCCAAAAGAAAAGAGGCUUGUCAACGACGAUCUGAUGCAGACCAGCUUUGAGCGCAUGCUCAGCCUCAAGGACCAGGAGAUCGAGCAGUGGCACCGGAAGCACCUUGAGAAGAUCAAGCAGAAGGAGCGAGAGAGGAUGAAGCAACGUCCCUCGACGACGGAUCCGGGAAAGGUCAAGAGCAAAGACAAGGCAAAGACGGAGCCGUGCAUGAGUAAAGAGCUGCUGCGCUCCAAGAGCUCCGAGAGCUCCGAGCCCCACGGCAGAGAGAAGCCCCUCAAGGACGGCACCACCUCCAGGACCCUCUCGUUAGACGGCAAGAGCCUCUCUGCAGUUAGCGGGAAGGUCAUAGCUGGUAUGGAGAACAGCCUAAGCCGGUCGCCCAGGCCUGAGAGUGAGCGAUCAGGCCUCAUGUCCAGAUCUGUGUCCAUGGUCUCGGUGGCCAGCUCUGAAGACUCCUGUCAGGCUACCACGCUGACACCAAGACCCGUAGAGUAUGAUUCAGACCUCACCCUCGAAGCCUCCGACUCCCAGCCGCCUUUCCUACAGUCUUCCCUCGUCUUGCAGGCCACCAGGUCACCUGUCGUCCAAGACAAAGACAACAGUCUUCCCGACGUCACUCAAUGUAACCGAACUCCGCUGCCCAGCAGACACACCUCCCUUUACCUUAGGGCUAUUCUUGACGAGGAUGCCAACUCUGCGUCAGUGGAGGGUAAACCGUUUGAAAGUCUGCCAAAGGCCGUUGUACCUGGUCACACAAAUGAGGAGCCCGUAAAUGCUCACACUUCAGAAAUCUCUGCCGACACAGAGGAGAGUCAUAGUGGUCACCAUUUGACACCCCCUAAUAUACUAAGUGCAAAAUCGGAUGUCGAUGCCAACUCUGAGAGUGACGUAAACAUUCCAGGGGUUCUCCCCCCGCCGGCGUCCGCCUUCAGAGACGCGAAGGAGCCGCUCCUCCCUCUGAUCAGCCUCUCACAGUCUGACGUGCCACAGCCAGCUGUAGAACACAGAGGGCCUCCUCCCACUGACCACCUUCAAAUGCAGGAGGUCAAGUGUGUCCCCACAGGCGGCUCUGUGGAUGGAGAGGGCAGUCACAAGGACCCGCCCUCUGUGGACGUGCCCCUGGUGUCAGCAGCAUCUCUAUCUUCUCAGACUCCACCGUCGUCUAACACUAAAACAUCUGCGCAGUUGUCUUGGCAGCAGAAUGAAGCCACUCUAAAUGCCAGUGUUGAGAUGUUUCUGCCAGCAGAAGCUGAUGUAGACCCUGGUCUUGACCAGAAAGACGAUACUCCUCUCGAGAGUGGAACCAGCAGUGCUGACAGUAGAGAAGUACAAGAGCUCAUGGAGAGUGUACCCGCUGGCUGCAGAACUGACAGGAUGAGUAGUCCGCUGCCCUCCACGAGCACCCAGAUGCAAGGUGCUAGUUCAGAGGAAUCCUCUCCCAGCAAGACUGCUGUUGAGCCGACACAUGCUCAAGAGGACAUGGAAAUGGACAGCCACGAUUGUAAGACAUCAAGAGACUCCAGUGACGUGGCAGGGCCUUGCAGCAAUCCCCAGGUCGAUAACGGUGAACAUGUCCGUCCUCCAUCUUCUUGUUUGUCUAGUUGCGUUAGCCCUGAACACAAGACCGAGGAAAUGACCGACUCGGAUACGCAGUCUAUGGAGAGCAGGAGCAGAAACGCUGAGGUAACGACAUCCGUGAAGGAGAACUCUUCAGAAGAAUGCAUCUUCAUCCCCGAGAGUGGCCCCGAAAGAGCAGAGCCGCCGUGUCCAGAGCCCAUGGACGUGUCCGCUGCAGAAGAGAGGCCAGAGCCCUCAGGUGGAGGAGAGCAGAGUCAGAGUGGCGGACAGCAUGCGGCUCACGCUGACCUGAGCGGCAGCAGUGCCUCCGGGAGCUCCUCUCCCCAGUCUGGAGACCGAGACUCGGAUUCCUCCGGAGCCAAAGCCAAAGUACGCUCGCUGGAUGAAGAGAUGGACAUGCAGGUGACCCAUCCCCGCAAGAGGAAGAUGCCCAGAAUGUCGCUGUCGUCGUCGUCCUCCUCCUCCUCCCAGGCCUGCCCCACCACACAACAGGAGAACGACAAGCCACAGCAGUCUCUGGCAGCUAUAGUGGACUCUGUGAAGUUGGAGGAGAUCCAGCCGUACCAGACAGAGAGGGCCAACCCCUACUACGAUUUCCUUCACAUUCGCAAGAAGAUCGAAGAGAAGCGUAAAGUACUGUGCAGCGUCAUCCCCCAGCCCCCGCAAUAUUAUGAUGAAUAUGUGACUUUCAAUGGGUCCUACCUCCUAGAUGGAAACCCACUCAGCAAGCUGUGUAUUCCUACAAUAACCCCGCCUCCUUCUUUGCCUGACCAAUUGAAAGAGAUGUUCAAACAACAAGAGGUUGUCCGCAUGAAGCUGCGCUUGCAACACAGCAUUGAGAGGGAAAAAUUGAUCGUUUCUAAUGAGCAAGAGGUGUUACGAGUCCAUUACCGGGCAGCAAGAACACUAGCCAAUCAGACGCUUCCUUUCAGUGCCUGCACAGUCCUUCUGGAUGCUGAAGUGUAUAAUAUGCCUCAGGAUGUCCAGGCAAGUGGCAUGAUGUCACAUUCUGUAGAAUCAGGAGACGAUGGCAAAACCUCAGUAAGAGAUCGGUUCAAUGCAAGGCAGUUCAUGUCCUGGUUGCAAGAUGUGGACGACAAAUUUGAUAAACUAAAGACUUGUCUUUUGAUGAGGCAGCAGCAUGAGGCGGCAGCUCUGAACGCAGUGCAGCGUCUGGAGUGGCAGCUCAAGCUGCAGGAGCUGGACCCUGCCACCUACAAGUCCACCAGCAUAUUUGAGAUCUCAGAGUUCCAUAUCCCGCUUGUGGAGGUCAACGACGACUUCGACCUCACACCAAUAUGAUCCAUUGGCUAGAGGAUGAUCACCUGUCAUUCAUCACUGACCGGCAAGGGGACGCUCAUAUGUUCAAGAAAGGAGAAAAAAGAAAAACGUGAAGCACUUAGUCAGGCCAUGGGUUUUUUGCCAGAGAGCACUUACACAUGAGCAUUGUACACCAGAGCUCUUAUGGUGGAAACAAACAACCCCCCCCACACCAAGAUGCCCUCCCCAAAAGUGACAGACUGCAUAUUGUGUAUUGCGUGCAGAGCAGAGGCUGUGGUCACCAAGGCCCAGACCCACACUUGGCCCAAGGGCAAGAGGCUGGGGCAGGCAGCGCUGGCAGCUGCUGUCUGGUAGAGUUCCUGGACAGAAGAGAAGCAUGGAAACCACCACAUGCCACUACUCACCAAGCAGGGUUACAAAUAGAGAGAUUUCAAUUCUUCUUUGUUUUUAAGUGAGUGUUCAUACAAAAUGUACAGACUGUGCUCUUAAUUUUUUUUAACUUAUUUUAUACAUACAGAUUGUGCAUUUGUAAAUAGCCAUGUAAUUAUUGUUUUAAACCUGUAAAAAAAAUAAGUGAUAGAUAUUUUGAUUGUAAACUUUGUUUUGUCUAAUGUUUUGAUGGACCAAAGUUGUUGUUUUUUUAUAUUGUGUCCAAAUUGUUGAUGUUAGUUGUUGUUCUUGUUGUUGGCUUAAUCUUAAGCAUGUGUUGGAUUUUUUGUUUUUAUUUUACUCAGUUUCUUCUUUCCUCAUCUGGCGUUCCACAACACAGCUGGUGUUUUUUGACUUGUGAUUUCAAUGCUGUGCAUGCAUUGCAGGUUUGUACUUUUUCCGAAAAGCUGUACUGAUGAUUAUUAUUGUGAGGUUUACUGGUGUUCCAGCUUUUGCGACAUUGUGUUCUGUCCUUUUGCAACACUUUGUGCAGCCUCACUUCUUGUGUUGUCUGUUGUGUCUUGCGCACAUUAAAAUGUUUGUUGUGGCUUCUAGGAAAAACAUACUUUUACAGUUUCAAUGUGAGAUCACAACAAACCUAUUUUUUCAACAUAUGGCCUUUUGAAUGAUAGUUCUAAAAAUGUCUAUUUUAAUAUUUACUUGUUACAUGACAUGUACAUAUUUGUAAUAUAUAAUUGAAUAAAUUUUAUUGGUUGUGAAAUUAAACAUUGACUAGUCAUCUUUAUCCUGCGAAAGCUUAUACUGUUUAUGGUUAUUUGCCAAGUGAGGAGCUAGUAGGCCUAAAUGCUCUGUUGUAGAAUAGUGUUGAAACAGUAGGUGGCAACAAUUCUCAUAUAACUUAGUCAAUGAGCAGUGUCCAAUGAAAUUAAUGGUAAAUAACCUGCUUGCCUUAAGCAAUACAAAAACCAAAUCGAAUUCCUUUUUUAAAUUGCAUAUUUAAAACGCUAUAGACUGGUCAGCUAAACUGGACUAUUUCUGUCCUGGUAAAUUAACAUUCGGUUUUAUAACAUUUUAAGAUUUAGGGUGAGCAUAUCCGUGGUGUAAAUCGGCUAUGGAGGUAUAUCAGGUUGCGAUGGGAUACUUGUCACGUUUUAUCGGUAGUAGCACGACCCGUCGAAGUAAACUGCCCCCACAUGAUCACGAUGGCUUCCGAAUGGCUCUUUCACUGCUAAUGAGGUACUCUUGGCCACCUAUUCAUCGCAUUCUUGAUAAGAAGGGAGACAAAGAAUUUUAUAAUGGGGGUUUUAUGGCUGCAAGACGAGUCAAGCAAUGCAAAUAGUGGCCAACUCACAAGGUCCCAUGGAUUCAACGUGUCCACUUUAUAACUUUAGCGCAUGUUGUUUACACAUUUAGCGUGUAUGAAGACACCGUGUGUUUGCCUAAAUUUAGCAUUCCAAUCUCGGCCGCAACAUAUUUCUCAUCUCACCUGGCUUGGGCUCUCUUGCAACUCUUGGAUUUCAAAAUGGGCUGUGUGUCUUUAAGGCGCCCGACUGCCUGUCGCUUUGUGUUGCGGAGAAACUGACGCCCUCUGGACACAUUAGCGGCAUAAUUCCAUCCUGGAAAGUGGACGGGUUCAAUGUGAAUAAAACCACCAGUCAAAGGAAAAGUCCAGGACAUUCUUAACUUACUUUUGGUGGACAGUGACUUGCUGUUGAGCCCCCAGGAUGAGGUCGGGUCAGCUGAUGAUUCCAGCCACGGCUGCACUUCUCUUUCUCUUGUCGGGAAUGUCUCUGAGCAUGGCCUGUAACAAAGCACUCUGUGCCAGCGAUGUUAGCAAGUGCCUCAUACAGGAGCUGUGUCAGUGUCGUCCCUCUGAUGGGAACUGCUCCUGCUGUAAAGAGUGCAUGCUGUGUCUGGGGACCCUAUGGGAGGAGUGUUGUGAUUGUGUGGGCAUGUGUAAUCCAAAGAACUACAGUGACACUCCCGCUACCUCCAAGAGCACAGUGGAGGAGCUACACCGACCAAUCCCCUCGCUGUUCCGAGCUCUCACAGAAGGAGAGGCUCCAAUCAACAUGAUGGUGGUGUCCUUUCCCGUCGCAGAAGAACUCUCUCACCAUGAAAACCUGGUCUCUUUUCUGGAGACACUUGAUGACCAGCACCAAAAUGUAUCUCUGCCUGGCAACAGCAUUCAUGCAAGCUAUGACACUCAAGACAACAUGUGUACAGUGGUCUACUUCGAUGAUUGCUUGUCCAUCCGACAGUGUAAAAUAUACUGCGAGUCAAUGGGAGGAUCGAAAUACCGCUGGUUUCAUAACGCCUGCUGUCAGUGUAUUGGCCCAGAGUGUCUGGACUAUGGCAGCAAGGCUGUGAAGUGCAUGAACUGUCUAUUCUGAAGUGUGGGCACAUGCUGGCACCACGUCAAGACUUGACCAGAACGAGGACUGCGGGCAUAGGAAUCUGUCGCCGAUAAUGUGUUCACAUGCCUGAUCUAGGUUGUAAGAUAUUUCCCACCCCUUUUCAAAAAAGUUUUUUAUUCUGCUGAUAUUUUCACUGUAUAUUUUAGAUAUGUUCUCAAUAGUGUUGUUGUUCUUUUAAACUAGAGGUGUAUAAAUAAUGUAUUUUUUACAGUAAUGAUCCACUGAAUCCCCAUUGCACACCAAAUAAAGACAUUGUUGGUGAAA